AUGGACAAAGACGUUUUUACAAAAACUGUUGAAAAUGUAACAAGUAAGCAACAACCUUCUGCAACUUCAUGGACUCAAGGAAAAGAAGAACUUCUUUUAGAACCUUAUAAUUACUUAUUGGCUCAUCCUGGUAAAGAAAUUAGGAGCAAAUUGAUUGAUGCCUUUGAUUAUUGGCUUAAAGUUCCCAAAGAUAAAUUGACAAUUAUAACCAAGGUUGUCGAAAUGUUACAUACCUCUAGUUUAUUGAUUGAUGAUGUGGAAGACGAUUCAAAGUUACGCCGGGGUGUUCCAGUUGCGCACUCUAUUUAUGGUGUACCUGCUACAAUAAAUUGUGCGAAUUAUGUUUAUUUUCUCGGAUUAAACGAAUUAACAAAGCUUAAUGACGAAUUGUUAAAUCUUCAUCGUGGGCAAGGUAUGGAACUCUAUUGGAGAGAUAAUUUGAUUUGUCCUUCUGAAGAUGAGUUCAUUGAAAUGGUUUCAAACAAAACUGGUGGUUUACUACGUCUGGGCGUAAAAUUAAUGCAAGCGGCAAGUGAAUCUAAAAUUGAUUAUGUUCCAUUAUAUGCAGAAAAUAAAGGUUUUUGUGAGGAUUUAACGGAAGGAAAAUUCUCUUUUCCGAUUAUACAUUCUAUUAAUAAUGAUCCCAAUAAUAGAAAACUAAUAAAUAUUUUAAAACAACAUACAAAAUCUAUCGAGUUAAAGCAAUUUGCAGUGAAAAUGAUGGAAGAUUCCGGUUCUUUUGAUUAUACUAAACAUUAUUUAUCCAAAACAGAAAAGAAAGCUAGAGAUGAGGUACAAAGGUUAGGGGGAAAUCCGAUGUUGGAACAAAUUAUGGACUUUUUGAGUACUCGAGAAUUAUAA